UUGCUCCUUCUCCUUCUCCUCACCGUUCCUCUUCCUCAUCUCCCUUUUCUUCCUGUUCCUCCUCCUCCCUCUUGUUCAACUUCCUCCUAACCUUCCACCUCCUCUUUCUCAUCUCCCUCCUCCUCCUCCUCCUCCCCCAGCAGCCACUAUAAAAGCUAGCGGAACACCUGAGCGCACAUCCGCCACCCUCGCCCUCCCCGUCAUGAGCCUGAGCCGCAACAAGAGGAUCAGCUCGGGCGCCUCGGUCCGCCGCGCCAACGGCUUCGGGUCGCCCGCGGCGGGCUUCGGCGGCACCUCGCUGGGCGGGGGCAACGCCGGCGCCCACCUGCUCGGCGCCCCGCUUUCCUCGCUGUCGGUCAACAAGAGCCUGCUGGCGCCCCUCAACCUGGAGAUCGACCCGAGCCUCUCCAUGAGCCGAGCCCACGAGAAGGAGCAGAUCAAAAGUCUCAACAACCGCUUUGCGUCCUUCAUUGACAAGGUGCGCUUCCUGGAGCAGCAGAACAAGAUGCUGGAGACCAAGCUGGAGCUGCUCCAGGGCCAGAGGGCGGGCCGCUCCAACGUGGAGCCGCUUUUUGAGGUCUACGUGGCGGGCCUGAGGCGCCAGAUGGACGUGGUCAACAACGACAAGAGCAAACUGGACGGCGAGCUGAGGAACAUGCAGGGCCUGGUGGAGGACUACAAGACCAAGUACGAGGAUGAGAUCAACAAGAGGAACAACCAGGAGAAUGACUUUGUCCUUCUGAAGAAGGACGUGGACUCGGCCUACGUGGUGAAGGCCGACCUGGAAGACCGAGUGGGAGCUCUGACCGAUGAGAUCAACUUCCUGCGCGCCAUCUACGAGGAGGAGUUGCGCGAGUUGCAGGCCGGCGUCCGGGACACGUCGGUGGUGGUGCAGAUGGACAACAGCCGCAGCCUCAACAUGGAGCAGAUCGUGGCCGAGGUCAAAGCGCAGUACGAGGAGAUCGCCGCUCGCGGCCGAGAGGAGGCCGAGGCCUGGUACAAGAGCAAAUUCGACCAGAUGUCGGUGCGGGCCAGCCGCUUCGGAGACGAGAUCCGCGUGGUCAAGGCGGAAGUGGGCGAAGUCAAUCGCCUCAUCGGCCGCCUGCACAGCGAGAUCGAGGCGGUCAAAGCGCAGCAAGGUGCUCCGCCUCGUGAUCCUCCCUCCAAAGUCGGGAAGUUGCCUUCGUACUCCCGAUUCCGUGUGGCGUUCGAGGAAAAAAGCCGUCUCGGUUGUUUAAGCGGCCCGCCGUGUGAAACGCUUUUGCGUCCCGUGCAGCGCGCGAGCCUGGAGAGCCAGCUGGCCGAGGCGGAGGAUCGCGGGGAGAUGGCGGUGAAGGAGGCCAAAGGUCGCACCCGAGACCUGGAGGCCGCCCUGCAGAGAGCCAAGCAGGACAUGGCCCGCCAGCUGCGAGAGUACCAGGACCUGAUGAACCUCAAGCUGGCUCUGGACAUCGAGAUCGCCACCUACCGGAAGCUGCUGGAAGGGGAGGAGGACAGACUGGGGCAGCGCUCCGUCCUGGACGUCGUCAGCGACUUCGGCGGCAGAAGUUCCGACGGUCGCCGCCGCAGCGCCGGCGGUUCUUCGCCGCCCGGGCUGCUCAUCAAGACCACCGAGACUCGAGACCACAGCAGAUACAGUACACACUAAACAUCUCGGGGGGGGGGGGGGAUGGUCAUGACGCACGUUUUACUAUUAGAAUUAUUAAUCAUAAAACUUCUAAAUAUGAAAUAUAACUGUAGAUUCUUGGACAUGAAUCUGAUGUCCUUUUUGUUUGGGGUGUAACUUGAAUAUCAUUUCCAAAUGUUUGCUAAUGUGAUGGACGGUCGUGCCGUCCAUAUGCGGGGGUCCACUGCAAUAUAAAGCGCAAUGUCUUGAAUUCUUGUAGACAAACUUUCUAUUUUCACGAUCGGCAUAAGUUAGCCUUCGUUUUUAUCCUGUUGCUUGCACAAUUAUAAUAAAAUUGCACAGUGCAUUUG